AUGAGCAUCAAGAACAUACCCACACUCCAGCAGCUGGCAGUGCAGAGCCUGCUGAGCAACCAGGCCUUGGCCAUCUCUGCCCUGGAGUCCAUGCCCACAAAUUUCUUCCCACCACAGUUCAAGGAGGCCUUCGACGGUAGACACCUGGGACUACUGAAGGCAAUGGUGGCAGCCUGGCCCUUUGCUUGCCUCCCUGUGGGGGCACUAAUGAAGACAUCCGAUGUGGAGGCAUUGCAAGCUGUUCUGGAUGGCCUAGACAUGCUGCAGUCACGGAAGAUUCGUCCCAGACUAGAAUACAGGAAGCAGCCCACAGAGACUGGGAGUGGGAAGAAAGAUGGGAGGGACCUUCCUAGAUAUGCUCUGAGGCCCCGUUUGAAGGUAGUCACUGACCUUAGCUUCAGGUUCCAGCUGAAAGAACAUCAAACAUGCUUGUUGCAGUGGGCCCAGCAGAGAAAAGGCUCUGUGCGGCUGUGCUGUCUGAGGAUGACUAUUUGUGCCCUCCCUGUGGAGAUUAUCAAGAAGGUCUUGGACAUUUUCCAUCCAGACUAUAUCGAGGAAUUGGAACUAUUCACAAACCAGGUUCUGCCCUUCCUGGGUCACUUUGCAUCUUGCCUUGGCCGCAUGAGAAAUCUUUGCAAAUUCCGUCUAACUCACAUUGUUGGGCACACACAGGUUUGUAAAUAUUUUGACACGGAGGAAACGUUUGCUAUCAAAUUCCUUUCUCAGUUCUCCAAACUCAACUGUCUCCAGCAUUUCUCUAUGAAUGGAGUCUCCUUUUCCUCUGACCUCAUGAAACAGUUGUUCAGAUGCCUGAGGACCCCCUUGGAGUCCUUGUGUAUCACUCUUUGUCAGCUCUCACAGUGAGACUUAAAACACUUGUCAAAGUGUCAGAGGCUCUGUCACCGCAAACACCUGGUCCUCAGUGGUGUAGCGUUAUCCAAGAUAUGUCCCACACAUCUCCGAGUUCUCCUAGAGAAUGUAGCAGGCACACUGCAGAUCCUGGAUUUAAUGUACUGCAAGAUGAAGGACUCUCAGUUCAGUGCCCUCUUGCCUGCCCUGAGCCAGUGCUCCCAGCUCACCAGGGUCUGUUUCUAUGAAAACGACUUCUCUAUGGCUGUUUUGAAGGACCUUCUGCAAAGCAUGGCCAAUCUAAGCAAGUUGAUUCUAGAGCUGUACCCCACCACUCUAGAGUGCUAUGAUCACCAGGGUUAUAUCUUAGUGGAGAAAUUUACCCAAGUAUGUCCUGAGCUCCGGGAUAUAGUCACUGCCAAAAGGCAGCCCAACAUAGUAGCCUUUGCUACACGCAUCUGCUGUGAAUGCCAUAUGUGCUGUGUUUAUGAGAUAGAGAGCAGACUUUGUAGGUGUUGGCAAUAA